CGCAUCUACGAAAACAUCCACGAAAACAGCCACUCUUCUGACAGUGUCUCGCUCUCUAAGAUUUCAUUUGCGUCAUUCCCCUAAGUGCCAUAAAGAUGGAUCUCGAUGAUAGGCCAAGGCUCUCAGUCGAAGCUGAAAAAGAGGUGACUAGAUUAUGGCGAACUUGGAGGACCGUGUUGGAGAUGCUUGUGGACAGAGGCUAUGCUAUCGCAGAAGAUGAAUUGAAAAUCUCGCGCGAUCAGUUCCAGCGCAAGUUUGGCGAUCCUCAAAGCGGCUAUGCUGAGAGGAGGCUCAUGAAACUCCAAGCUGUCCCUACUGAAGAGAUGAUCAAACGCGACACCCCUCGGGCUACGAAAGCCAAUCCGAACCCACAAACCACCGCCGGCACGAUCUGGGUCGAAUUUAGUCCCGAAACAACCAUUGGUAUCAAACAUCUGCGCGCGUUUGCCCAGCACCUUGAUGCGAGCAAGUUCACCACGGGGAUCUUCAUUACCAUCGGCCCAGUGACAGCUGCUGCCUUACGCGCCUUCGAGCCGCUUACCGAACGGGGAAUCACCGCCGAAUGGUUCCAAGAGCAGGACCUCCUUGUCAACAUUACACGGCACGAAUUAGUGCCUAAACAUGUACUAUUGAGCGCAGAAGAGAAAAAAGUGCUUCUGGACAGGUACCGCUUGAAGGAGACGCAGUUGCCCCGCAUCCAAUUCAGUGACCCUGUAGCCAAAUAUUUGGGCUUGAAGAGAGGCAACGUGGUUAAGAUUAUCAGAAAAAGCGAGACUGCGGGAAGAUACGCUAGUUACCGAUGGGUUUUCUAGUGAUCACCAAGACUAUUUCGAAAAGCGCGGAGUUUAGGGGCUUCGGCGAGAGGGCUAAAAGUGCAUUGUGCGGCGUUUGAUUUGGCUGGCACAUGAAAACAGCCUGAAGGCUUGUUAGCACGAAGGGAUCAAUGUCACCUAGGUAUUGUCGAACAGCAUCGACACGCAUCUUGCAAUAUCGAAUUUUUGGAAGGCAGCACCAAACCUCCGGUUAUGCGACUUUUCCUCCGGCUUGCAUUCGUUCCUGGCUCUACACCACAUGCCAAAUCAAGAGCGUUGAAAUGCAACGCUUCAGUACUUCCGCCAUGCCCCAACGCUCUGCGUGCCACUCCACAUUGUCGGUUGGAUAGACCCCGUCUGCGAUGAAAGCCCAGAAUGAACCUCAACUACUCUUCUCGCCCAGCACGCGUUGACCAAUUCUGACCAAGUCCUGAUUCUGCAAUGGGUCCUUCUCAAAUCCGUUGAGUACUUGGUCCAACAUGGCAGCCGAGACGUCCACAACGGUCACGCUAGGCAACGAGGCCACGAACCAGAGUAAGGUGGCUCUUAGCCAGUGAAAGAUACUCCCUGGUUGUGUAAUCAGUCCUGGUUUCGCUACGGUGGCCUCGAUCUCGCCCGGGUGGGAAGACGCGAAGGCCAGGACUUGAUUCUCGGUCUCGCCCUAUCGAGGAAGUCAGAGCUUUCAGCGGCGGCUGUCUUGGGUGAUCAAGCCAGGAACUCACGCGCAUCAAGCAAUAUUUGGGCAUGAAUGUGGGUGUUUUUGUCUGGUCUCGUUCCGCAGCCAUGCCGCUCAUGUACAGGAAACGGCAGGGCGUCGAUUUGCUUGCGGGGUUGCGGGCUUCAAAUAUUGCUUCGAGACCAGCCAUGGUAUACUCGUGGCAAACUCGAUAGACCUCGUCCCACGGCAUGGUUUUGGACUUGCUGGGCGUGAUCGCGAGGGUCCUGGAGAUGGAAUUCAGCCUCUAUCAUGUUGCUUUUUUGGUACAUGGAAGCGCAGCAAGACGGGAGUCACGGACCAAAUACAGGCGUCUGCCCCCUCCAAUUGCUCCUUCACAUCGUCCGGGUACUUUGCAAAGUCUUCAAGCACCACGCUCUUCAACUUGGCCGUGUCCGCUCCGGGCCCCAGGUUGUCGGGGACCGUGAUAGGGCGACGAGCCAAGGCAACCACCGUAGUUAUGCUCGGGUUGUUCAGGCAUUGGCGGAUCAGCUCCGUCGCGACGAAUCCGGUCGCUCCAGAUAUGAUGAGCUUCAUGGUCACACACUGGCUUCGAGAUCUCGUUUCCCUUGGAUCGCGAUGCAGUGACACAUUGCUGUCUGGGAGGAGAUAGACGGGAAAGUUGUGCUGUGUACCAGGUAAUAAUGUGGAUUUACGAGUACGGGCUCCGGUAGGGGUAGAACCGACGUGGGUGGGUGGCCUGAAUAGCCCGGAUUAGGCACAUUAGCCUC